CGAUGGCGGUCGAAAUGCGAGAAGCGGCAGAGGCUGUAGGAACCUCGCUGAUAGAUAGAUAGAUAGACCAACAUUUUUAGUCAAAACGGAUCAUAAACCACUAACACAUUUAUUCGCAAUGAAAGAACCAACUUCGAAACUUACAAGAAUAAGAUUAGAUUUAGAAGAAUACGAUUUCGAAAUAGAGUAUAUAACAGGGAAAAAUAACUAUGCAGAUAGUCUUUCAAGAAUAACAUUACAUCAACUAAAGAACCUAUACAUAGACAAUACCCAUAUAUUAGCUAUAACACGAGCUCAAGCAAGAGAAAAGAAGAAGGAAGCAAGGCAAACGAAGGCAGAAAGUGAACUCGCACUACAGCCAGAAGCCCCCUAACAAACAGUAAGAAAGGUACUAAAUAAUUUAGAGGCGCAUAGACUACCAAUUUUGUCUUUUGGAGCAGAACUAAUCUCACCAAGACUGAGCAUUAGGAUCAAAAACAAAAUAAAGUGCAGCAAGAGCAUAGCCACAGGAUUCAAUCAUUUUGAUUUAAACCAAAUGUUGGCACAGCUUGAUAAGCUGGCGGUAGAGAAUGCAGUACGUAAAGUAAAAAUAUACGUAAACGAUAUUAUUUUUAAAGUGUGCACAAUUGAGAAAUUUAUUAAACAAGGAAACGAAAUAUUGAAGAAUGUAGAAAUAUACAUAUGUGAAGUACCAGAAACAAUAGAAGAUGACAACGAAAAACACAGGUUAAUAGAAAUAUCAUAAUCAUCCGAUGUUUGGAGGAUACGUACGAAAUAACAGACUCAUAAAGAAGCUAAAAGCAAGAUUUAGAUGGAAAAAUUUGGAAAAAGACGUAAGAAAAUACGUUAAACAAUGUCAUAAAUGUCAAAUUAACAAACCGAAAAGAACACAUUGUAGCGAUUACGCUACUAAUUACAUAAAUUCAACUAGAAUUCCAUUCAAAGUCCCCUUAAUAAACCCUUGUGCGACGCUUGCGAUCAGCGUAGAACUACAUUCCUCCGUCGACCGCGCAGGCUUGUCCACUGUCGAAGGGAAAUCGAAUUUCCGACGAGGAUCUAUGAUUUAGUCAGGUCGAAGCUCGCUCAACAGUAAACAUGCAAACGUAAAAUCUUCAGAGGGACGAAUUUCUGGAACAAAUGAAUACCAUCGAAUAAAUUACAUACAAUCAACUAUUUCAAAAAAAAAACAGAGUUUUCAAUAAAUCUUUGGAGUAACCAAUUGACAAAGCAAGUAAAUAUUAAAUAAUUUGUAUAUGAAGAAAUGAGCAAUGCUGUUAUGGCGGAAGCUUUGAAGUUUGCAUGUUAGUUUCAGAGUUCGUCCCUAUAUCCAGAACCAGUUUUUUUGUUAACCUACAGAAACAUACCAAUAUCUACCACCUCUACUUGAUACAGGAGCUCUUCCACACAGUAACAGCCUUACAUUGGACUUUAUAGGAGCCACGAGGACCUCACCCAUCCUAUUGGACUUGAUUUGGAUCAGUGAUUGUAAAAGCUAAGCUAAUUUUUACCUAUAUUACUUGCAUUUCAUAGUACUAUUUACCUUUGAUUAAUUUACUUUUGGGUACUUCCUUGUGUGCACACAAGCAAGCAAAUUAAGUAUAGAGUUUUGAAUAAAUGGGGGGUUUGUUUUUUUUAUUAAUAAUAUUAGGAUGUAAAAAAAAUACAUGUGUUAAUAUAAACUAGAUAAGGUAUAAAUAAUAAGUAAUUCAAUCAGUUUAAAAUUAAAUAAAAAAAAAGGGUAAUAAUAAUAAUUAAAUAUAAUAUAUUAAAGAGAGGUUUUCAAUACUACUUGAGUAAGCAUCAUUUGAUUUACGUAGAAUCUACGACCUGACUCGUUUUUUUUAUGUUGUAAUUCUCCCAGUGUCUGUGUUAAGUGUAAUACUUACACAUAUACUGAUAUUUGAGUGCUCUGGACACUUGUCAGUCCAAUUAGUUUGUUUAUUAUAUUACUAACCUUAGGUUAAGACUUCAGCUAUUCACACGGACUUUGAUUGUUUACUAAUAUAUAUCUUUUCCUUGGCCAGUAGUAGUGGUUCUUUUAUUUGUAGUGGCUCUUAGGUCCUCUCUCACUGUUAUACCACCCACUACUACUGUUAUUUAGAUGUUAUAUAGAUGUAUAAUAUAAAAUAUUUAUACAUAAUGUUCAAUAAUUAAUUGUUGAUAAAUAUAUUGGUUGUUGCGAUUUUGAUUUUUAUUUCCGUUUCUACUAAACAGUAUAUAUUUUAUAGCAAUGCAAGUUAAAUAUUGAUUCUUUUUUUUUUGUAUUUAAAUCAUUGUAUCAAGUGUUAUUUUUUUUUCCUGUCGUUCGUUACUUAAAAAAAAAAUCUCAACCUUUUGUUGAGUUGGCGCCCAUUUCCUUCUCUCUUUAUCGUCCCUCUUAUCUCGAUCGAUCUCCAGCAUUCUUAUCUAGUUGCCUUUAAUUUUUGUAUUAACCUGUCUCAUUUUAUUUUCUUGUUUUCAUCGUUUCAUUAUCCCAUCUCUCUAUUCGCAUAUAUUCAGUGUAUUGAAGCUAGCCCGAACACUCACUUGAGAUAUAGUGUCUCUUUGCCUAUUUGAUUUGUUCGUCUGAGCUAAGCCACUCUUCAUUAGUGUCAUAAAUCGCUUCUUUCCUAUUUUUCCCUUAUUUUAUCGGUUUUUUUCCCUUCAAGAUCCCAAUACCCAGAGUAUAGGGUUACAAAUUGGCUAGACCCAACGUGUGGCUUUUUUUGCACUUCUGGCUUUAAAAAUAUCUCCUUGAACCUGUGGUUUUAUCUUGGGUAGUGGUAUUUUAACGUUCAGUGGUUUUGUUUAUAGAUUUUCAUUUUACCCUUUAGUUUUGUACUUCAACUUGUUGAUCUUUUGCACAUUAUUUUAUAUCUAUACCUUAAAUAAACUUGUGUUGCUAUAUACUGGGUAGACGGAAUAAAUUGCUUUGUAUUUUUUUUAUUAACUAGAUAUCCAUUUUGGAUAAAUAAUAAUUGAAGUAAAAUAUAGAAGUUCUAAAUACCUUAACAUCAAUAAUGUCAUUUUUAUAAAAGUCCGUAGCAUCCAAAUAGCUCACUUCACUACCUCGAAGUAACAUUCUUUUAAAAUUUUGGGUUUCUCUGGAGUUGUGGCAGUGCAUUGCAUCGGAAUUAGCGACUGGACCAAACAAAUAAGCAUUACUGGUAUAAGUAUUCACUUGAACAUUAGCUUGAGGACAGAGAGUAAGUUGAACUUUUCCUACUUAUAUUUCUCAUUCUCAAGUGUAUUCCCCAGUUGUAUAAAAUGGCAUCUUUUAAGGCAGAACAUCUGUUAUCUUCUGAAUUAGAUUAUGAGUUGAAAAUCCGUCAGUUAGCUGAUCCAUCUUUAACAACGGAUCAGGCUAAAAGGGUCGUGUUUACAGGUGCGUUGAAACAGGCUUCAGCAAAUCGGAGUCAUGCUGUUCCGUCAGCUUUCCCCCUAAAUUUUGCUGAUGAGGUCCGUGAAAUAGAAGUCACCCUUGCAGAUCUAAAGGCCCAAAUUAGCUCUUUUGUUGGCUCCCAUAGUGAUGUAGUAUAUGGUCGCUUGACUUCCCGUUUAGGUCAUGUUUCAGGUAGGGUUCAUUUGUUAGAAUCUGUAAAUGAGGAAGAGGAUGCCAUUAAGAAGUCUCUCAACUUCAAAAUACUUAAUCUGGAAGGCGAACUUGAGUAUAAGGUAGUUCCACAGGCUCACUCCACCCCUCAUAACCCUAGUGUUUCGGUAAACUCAUUUCCUUUCUUUAAGUCAGCUCCUAUUCAUAAAUGGGGUGUAUGUUUUUCGGGUAGUUCAGAUGAAAAUGUUGUUAGUUUUUUGGAAAAGGUAGAGUGUCUGCGUAUAGCACGUGGGAAUACUGAGGAUGAGUGCUUUUCGUCCGCUGGGGACUUGUUUAAAGAUUCAGCUUUUACUUGGUACCUCAAUAAUCGAGGUGGUUUUACUUCAUGGCAACAGCUAGUUGCCAAGCUUAAGUCGGAUUUUCUUCAUUAUAAUUAUGAGGACACUUUAUUGGACGACAUUAAAUCACGCAAACAAUCUCCUCAACAGAAGGUCACUAUUUUUAUUAACGAAAUUGUUAGUUUAUGUAAGCGUUUGGAGGUUCCUCUGUCUGAGUCACAUAUAGUUAGGAUUAUUAAGAAGAAUUUGUUGCCGUCGUAUCAUUCCAGCCUUGCACUUACAGAUAUUCCGUCUAUUGCUGAUCUUACCGAAAAAUGUAAGAAAUUGGAAGAAGUUUUGUCAUGGUCUUCUGACACUUUAGUCCCUAGUCGUUCUAAUUUUAAAAAUAACGAACCAUCCUAUUCUGGUAGGCCAAAUUAUUCUCGGUCUGGGAAUCAAGGACACGGGUACUACGACUGUCAUGAGCCUAGAAUUCGGUUCUGCUAUGGAUGUGGACGUCAAGGGGUCCGUAAAUUCGAAUGUCAGUUUUGUUCGGGAAACGAGAGAAGGGGUGGAUCGUCCCUGGCAGCCGCCCCUCAUCAAGAUACAGGGAAUACUACCGAAACUCAUCAAAACCACGGAACCAAUUCCUCGAGUCUGGAAGCACAAGCUUCCACAAGUCAAUCAUCUCACCCUCUACCGAAAGACAAACGACCUCAGAACGGCAAACGCCAACCGAAAAGAGGACAACGUUAG